AUGGAAUAAACUUUUAAAGAAUAAUUAUCAAACAUUGAAGCAUAAGCUCGUAAAUUUGAAGAAUGUAAAAUUGCAUUUACAUUUCAAAUUCAUAAAAACUUCACAAUUGGAGUUAGCUGUAAAAACCAAUUGUAAUCUCUUUACCUAUUAAAUCUUGGAAAAUUUAAGAAUCAAUCAUGA